UUAGCUUGAUUAUGAGGUCCAGUGUCAUUUAAAAGUGAGGCAAUCAAUCAAGACAAGGGUCUAAAAAUCCUUGUCCUUCCAUUGAUCCGGCUGAGUGUUAAUCUCAGUUUGGCCUCGUUCUGUCAUGGUCUGCCUGACGAUAAAAUCUGAAAAGCGAUUAUAAAUAUCUGUGUGUGACACCUCUGCUGGCAAGUGACACACAAGUUGUUUACAAACAUGCUUUUAUGAGGGAGACGUCAGGAGAGUGUAACUUCAGCCGGGAGACUUUUAUUGGUCGCUGCACACACACACACACACACACACACACACUGCUCUCCCCUCCCCUCUGUGCCUCAGUCACCGCCCCACUGAGCAGGCCGCAUUAAAGCGCGGCAGUGCUCAGGCUGGAGGAGACAGCCAGGGGUGUCGCAGCAGAGGGAAGUGGUCGGACAUAACACUGAGGGACAUCAGUAUCUAUCUAUAUAUAUAUAUAUAUACAGUACACACACGUUUUGAUAUACUGGAUCAUCUCAAAUCCUAUUACAGGAAUAAUGAAGUCACCAAAGUUGAAAACUCAAGCGAAGUUCGUCAACGAGGAGGACCUGAGCGACGUGCUGUGUGAGUUCGACGCGGUGAUCGAAGACUUCACGUCGCCGGUGGAGAAGCGACACUUCAGGUACGACGAACACCUGAAGACCGUGAAGAGGAGGAGCAGCGCCAGCGUCAGCGACAGCGGCAUCAGCGACUCCGAGAGUGCAGAGUCGCUCAACAGAAACAGCUUCAGCUUUAGUGAUGAGAGGCUCAACUCCCCCACGGUGCUGUCACCCACCACCAGCUCACCUGCUCUUAUGUCACCAAAACCCAAACUGGGCGACACUAAAGAACUGGAGGACUUCAUCGCCGACCUUGACAAGACAUUAGAGAGCAUGUGAUGAAGAGGCUCCAAGUCAUCCUGGAGUGAAGCCAUGAGGGAGGAAGGAUGUCUGGACCCCCCUUGAGUCGGCAUGUGCCCGGCCCCCACACCACAAAAACACACAAUAUGAUACAGCUUGUUGGCACAGCAACUUCUAAGUGGCUCCACCACGACAUCAC